AAAAGGAGAUGAUCAUACAUGCGCUCUGAACCAAUCUGCCUUAUCAAGGGCACCAGUUUGUUGAAGGCAUACAUUUGAUUGCAGCCUGCCUCUGCUUUAAAUUAUCAUAAAUGUCAAGUAAAUUUUCAGUGUUGCAUACUUGUUUUCAUACAUCUCAUGAUAGUUUGGAAGGAGGUUUCCUUCUUACUCGAUCACAGCUGGAUUCUUGAAUUACGUUAUGAGGUGAUCGAAAGAAGAGAACUUAAAGCAUUAGUUCCAGGACACCUUAAACGGAAUCUUCAUGUUCAGCUGUAGGAAUUGGGUUACCCUGUUGGAUUCUCAUAUGCAGCUGCAAUGGUGUGUUUUCAGGUUAUGUAUGGUGUCGAUCGGUAUGACACGGUUGAUAAGACGGUACAAUAAAAUUCUUUGUGCUAAUAGAGAGCUGAGAUAUCAGAGGUUCUUCGUCACCCUAGCUGACAUCAUAAGUUUUUUUAUGUCAUCUCGGAGACUUUUUCAUGCCGUGUCAAAAGUGAUCAUCUCAUGCUGCGUUGGAGGUUUCAUAUUGAGGUGUUCUACGUGGAAGAGGAGUCGUCUUCCAAUUGACUGGGAUGCCAGGUGAAAGUCUUUGAGGUGAUAUAUCCAUUGCAUUAAAGUCUUUCUAGAGGAGAACACUAACCAGCAACACAAAAUAUUCAAAGGAUGCAAGUUAAUGCCUUUUUGUUUGUUUACGUAACUUUGAUAGACUGAACAACCAAGAAAGACAAAGCCCACCCAGGUAACAGAAGCUCCUUCUCUUGUAGACAAAAGAUCGAACACUUGGGCUGCAAGGAUAGCCCAGAAACAAAGCAACAAAAUUAACAAGCUAAACCUAAUCGAGCCAAUCUGGCAUGCUCUUCUCUCUUAAAGUGUAAUGAAGUUUCGUCCAUUUC